GAGACAUGGUAAAAAGCUGCAGUCAGUACAGAUUUUUAAUUUUGGUCCCGGUUAAAAUCAUGUUUUUUCUUACAAUAGAUUCAGCUAUUAAUGCUAUUUUUCGAACACUACGAGAUGACUCGAAAAAGUCAUCGACUCUCACCAAGAACAUUCUCACAAUCUGCUUAAAUUUCGCCAGCAUCAGAGACUUUCAUGCAUUGCUCAUCAAUAAAAAAAUUCCAAUGUUGAUUUUGGAAAUUAUUGAUUUUGAGUUAGAACGGUGUGAGAAAUGGAAGUCGCAACUGCUCGAAAUCGAAGCUCAUGACGGUAUCUUUAGUGCUCGGUCAUUGAACGAACAUCAAAAGAAGUUGGUCCGGCUAACGGAGCUGACCUCAAUUCAAAAUGUCUCAUUGAAAAGUAAUUUAAUUUUAAAUUUUGCAUUUCAAAUCCUUCACUGCCUGUCCGAGAACAAGGGAGUUAGGGAGAGUUUGCACGAAAAUAAGGUGAUCGCUUCCCUGGGGGAUUCUUUAGAGAGACGGAAUAACGAGCUACUGGAAGUUGUGACGUCUUUCCUAAGAAAUUUGUCCAGUUUUGAACAGUGCAUUGCUGAAAUGAUCCGUGUUGACCUGGUCGGCCAAUUGGCUUCCAUGCUAAAAGAAGGCACACCAAUUCCAAAGAAAGUUGUCAACAAUGCAUUACACUUGCUAUAUAAUCUCUCAUUUUCUCGUGAGCUUUGCGAAAAAAUUUGCGAUUAUGGACUCAUUCCCAUUAUUGCCAAUUGCAUUGGUAAUUCAAGUACGACAAUAUUGGUAUUCAUUCUUUUGAUGCGCACCCUCACAACCAAUUCUGAAGCUGACACGCGGUCCUUUACAACCAUCGUUGCAAGUCUGGUUUUAAAUAUCACUAGGACAAAGAGAGGAGCAAAAAUUAUAUGGGAAACUAACAAAUUGGGACCUCUGAUUAAAUCUGCGUUAAUCAACCAGGAUUUUUUUGCAAUGAAGAUCGCUAGAUGUUUAGCCGAACAUGACGUUGCAUUUGUUCUGUACGAUUGUGCAGGUGACAUUGCUUCAGCGUUGUCUAAUUCCAGUGAUCAAGAAUUCGUCAUGGAAUGCAUCGGAAUUUUAGGAUGCCUCGAUCUCCAACGAAUCUCAAUUCAGUCCAUCGUUCAAAAUGGUAAAAUAUUCCCAUGGCUGAAACAAACUUUGGGGUAUUACUUGGAUAAAACACAUAAACAUGAAAUUGAAGUCUCUUUUGACUUAACGACUGCUUCCAUUGAUGUCAUACUGCUUCUGAUAAAUAUCUCUCAAAUUGAAGAAGGCGCAAGACUUGUGGUAUCCGAAGGAUUCGUUGAUGUUUUGCUAAAAAUUUCUCAUUCAGGGUCAAAGACUGAAGAGUCCAUUGUUGAUCAUAUACUCUUAUUUUUUGAAACUUGUACAAAACAUGAGUCAAUUUCGAUAUAUUUGGCUACAAAAUCUCGACUUCCGAAUGGUCUCUUGGAAUAUGCUGAGCGUACAACCGGCAGGCAUCGAGAAAAGGCCAUAAGUAUUUUAGAGCAGAUUGGAAAAUUUGAUGAAACUUGGAAGGAAAAUAUUCAAGAGUUUAAUUUUCUAUCCUGGAACAAAGACUGGACUGAUACAGUUACUGGCGUCAAAAAUGAAUAUGACGAUGACGCGUUGAACAUACAACCGUUUAGAUUUCAGGAUGACUCAUGCAUCACUUCGAGAGAUACAAUUAGCUCCCUUCGGAAUUCUAGAAUGCAAGAAGAGCAGUUAAAUGAGGACGAAUAUGCAUGGUCCAGUGAAAAUAGCAGUGAAUGUCGUGAUUCCGAUAUUUUCGACAUGUUUCGCCAUCAGUUUGAAGAGGAAAUGGGAUUCAACAGCAAAUGGGAAAAUGAAUUUCGGGUUGGAGAUCACUCAGAUGCUGAAAGUAACUGGGAUUGUUAAUUUCGUAAUAA